UAUGCCAGCGGUAGUAAUUCAUCGGUGUACAAAGAAGGCGGCAUUAUCCACGAUGGUUUUUUCGUCUUUAUAAACACGCGUUAAUACGCGAAACGUUUAGUUUUUUUUUUUGUUUUAAAAAAUUUUGAAAUAAUGAGUAUGAUAGGUAUUAUCGUUUCCGGUCGUUUGGUUCAAACAGAUUUUCAACAAAUUGAAGAAAAUCAAUUUUUAAUCACAGUUCCCGAUGCUGAUAAUAUCAAUCAUGUUGUUGUCUUUCUUACUGGAACAGUUCCGUUUAUAGAUGGAAUGGGUGGUGCUGUAUAUUUUAGUUGGCCUGAUUCGAAUGCCCCACCAAACUGGCAAUUUUUGGGAUAUAUUUCAAAUAAUAAGCCCUCUGCUAUAUUUAAAAUUUCAAACUUGAAAAGGAAUCAUGAGUUUGAAAAUAGUAAUUUAGAAAUAUUUGGAAUAGGUAAAAUUUCUCAUGUUGCUCAAGUAGGUAUUUCUGUUGAACCACUUAGUAUUUUGGAGCAGCAAGCAGCUGUAACAACAGCAAAUGCAACAAAUUCUUUUAUAGAAUUUGCACAAAAAAUGAUUACAAGCUUUCUGAAUUAUGUAUCUAGUUUCUCUGUAACUCAAGCACAAAUGACAGCAAAUCCUACAGAAAAUUUUGUACCUCUAUCAACCAUACAAGGAUGGUACGAAACCUUCGAAAGACGGCUACAACAGAAUCCAAAUUUUUGGAAAGCAUGAUCGAAACAUGAAGAUAUCUGGUAUCUAGUACAUUCGUACUCUCUACUUUGUUUAAGUAACAAAAGUACUUGAUCUGUACUAAAGUAAAACAAAAAGUGUAUAUUAUUACAUUUUGUUUAUUAUUUAAUCAAUUAAAUUUUAA